UCUGUCUGUCUGUCUGUCUGUCUGUUUGUCUGUUUGUCUGCCUGUCAGGCGCUGAGUUCAGGGUUCGACAGGCGACUUUGCACCCCAAAAUGUCCGUGGCUGUCUGCCUUCCGCGUGUUCUGUCCUCCAGUUCGAGGGUUAUUUGAUUAUUACAAUUUACCACUGUAUUUUUCUACCAGGUACUAGGUACCAUGUAGAUGCUGGCGCUGUUCCUGCGCAUCGCCACACCUCAUCUCCCAUCCAAGCGCCUCUUGGACCAGGGUUCUUUCGCUUGACCAGGCUGUCUCGAUCCCAAGCAUCCCCACCCGACGUUCUUUUUGGUCUCUACGGGAGGCGCACAGAGUGCCACAAGGUGCCCUUUGGGCUGAGACCCGCGCCAAACGGGUUAGUUCUGGGCGACCAGGUGGCCUGAGAUGUGCCAGCUGCAUCCUCCACUGGACCAGACGUCGUGUGUGUGCCGGUUCCUGCAUUGGCGCCGAACAUCACAGGGAGCACCCUGGAAUACGACGCUCAUCCAAUCCGGAAUUAUGACGCCGGGCGAGAAAUGUGCCCUGCCCUUGACAAGAACAGAGAGAUUGCAACAUACACGUCGCAAAGCAAGGUGAAGCGAAUACCGUUUUCGUUGAUGCCGUACCAGUGGGCUGUGAUAAACGUGUAUCGGCAUUGCACUGGCAUUGCUACCCGGGGAGUCUAGGCUCCAAGUUCUGGGGUGUCGAGGCACUGUGGACGCCCAUGCAGUCGGGUUCUAUACCACAGGCACAUACGACCAAUGCGUAUUCGCUACAGUAGGUACUGGGACUGUGCUACGACGACUACUGUACUAGUAGCCGAGCGCCUCAUCCGCGGCUCGUUCGGCGGGCGCCUCUGCACAAAGAGCGCUUUGCAACGUUCAGUCGGAGUUUAUGCCAGAACAGCAACAGCUGGCCUAGCUAUAGCCUAUGCCACCUCUCCAGUCCAUCGCGACCACCAUCACCCCAGCUCCAGGCUCUACCGAGCGCGCGAGACAUGCUACUCCUAUGGCGACUCGCGAGACACGACGCACGAAAUGGCUUGACGGAAGCGACUCCCUCGGCGAGAAGCCCCAGGCUAGACAGGCUCCACUGCGCAGUUACUGGCUUGUGGCUGUCAAGACUGUACAAAUCGUAUGCCCUGUUCGCCUACGAGUUGGACUCUCCACCACGAGUGGAUGCCCCCGGUGGUCUUCGUACUGUCAGUCACUGUACCUGCGCCUGUCCGACGUCCAAUGUCUGUCAGCGAUUUGACCGGCUCCACUCCCACUACGCUCCGCUCGACACCACAGGCCCAGAUGCCUUCCACAGUCGACGAAGAGACAGCGAGCUCGACAGCCUGCAUUUUGAGAGCCUGAAAGCUCGACCCUCUUCCGUUGUGAGGCCCUUUCCGUAGGUCCUCGUCUCUGUCCCCAGUCGCUUGAUCUAUCCUGGGCGAUGAUCAGGUAGACCCAGUGCGCGCACUGAUAUCCUCUUUGCUCAUCAAAUCGCCCAAGCAAGCGAACGUGCGUCUCUGUUGCUCCAGCUGUUUCCCUGUCACCCAUCUGCAUCAUCAUCGUCAACUUCUGAAAACCUCUGGCCUCCAACGCUGGACUGGGUCUCUUGCUCUUGUUCUCCGUUUUCCUCGAGACGGAUCCCUACCUCACCCUGGUCUUGGAAGGGAGUUAGGUCUCGCCUGAUCCCUUGCGGCGCCGCCUCUAAAUCUAAAUUUCCCGACUUCGUCCAUCCUGCCUUAACAGAUUCCCAUACUACUAUCUCGCCCGCCGCUACUCCAUCCUUCCCUCCUUGUACCACCACUUCACCAUACAUCAACCAGGUCACCGGUCUCUCGUCAUCUCCCGGCCGUCAACCUGGUUCCAAUCUUCGCUUCACGUUCGAUCGCAUCUUGUCUUGCCCCCUGAGACUCUUUCUUGUCCCAACGUCGGAUCUGGAAUCGGAGACCCGAUUGCGACAGUUGCCUCGUCGCAACCCCCUCCACCUGCUGCCCGGUUGCGCCUUCCGCCAUCGACCGACACCUUCUCAUUGUGCGCUCUUACAUUAGACUCGGUGUCCUUGUACCUCGCCCGUCGAUCAAAGAAUCAACCUGUCUGGGUUUUAUAAAAUCCUUUACCGGGGCGGCAAUGCUCCGAUGUCUGACGGAGCCCACACCCGCUCACAGAGCAUGAACAUCGAAGACCACCAUCAAGAAUAUUAUGACGGAGCACAGAACCACUCUCACGGCAUCAGCAACGAAGAUCAAGAAUACUACAAUAUGAAUUCCUAUCUACAAGAGUCUUUUCAGUACUCUCUCCAUCAGCAGCCGCAGAUGUUUUACCCGGGCGUAACCUACCCCAGCUAUAUGGUCCAGCCUCAGCUACAUGUAGACGACUUUCACCGCUCAUACGGCGGAUUGGCCGAGUAUGCCGAGUUCAUGCCUCCGGGGAUGAUGCAGGAGGACUAUGGAGAACCGGAGGAGGUUUCGUCACGGCCCAGACUCACCAAGGAGCAAGUUGAGGUGCUUGAAGCUCAGUUUCAGGCCAACCACAAACCCAAUUCUCUGGUCAAGCGGCAGUUAGCCAUUCAAACAAACCUGAAGUUCCAGAGAGUGGGGAAUUGGUUUCAGAACCGUCGGGCAAAGGCGAAGCAGCAAAAGAGACAGGAAGAGUUCGAAGCAAAGAGGAAGGCAGAGAAGAAAGAGGAAUCCAAAGAAGAGCAACCCGAAGAAGUUGCUUCCGCCAGCACUCCGAAGCCCGACGCCCAAGCAGAGACCAAGCCUGGGGCGACAUCGCCCACGCGUUCGGAGUCUUCCCCAUCGAAACUGUCACAGACUGGCUCUCGAAACACGCCAUCUCCCAUGAAAGCGAUAGAGAGGGCCAAGGAAGCCAGCUGGGCGUCACUCCAACGAGCAUUAGGGCAGGCCAAGGCAGCGCGAGCUCAGCAUUCAACGCAGCCCAGUGUAUCCAUGGCUCCUCCAGACCUUCCGCCUCAGUCAGCUCCGAUGCAACUUCCGCUUCGUUUAAAUGGUCCUCAUCCCAGUCUUUCUGCUGCGAGUGGCGCAACAUGGCCCAACCAAUCCGCCAGCACGGCUCCCUAUCCUUCGCCAAUCACCCUGCAAGACAACUCGUUCGAUUUUGGCUUCGACACCGAGCCAUCCAACACGUCGAGCCAAGGGACUGAUUCGGGCGAUCAAAUGGCUGACUACAUCCACGAGUCCUUCGUCGUGACCCCUGAAGACUGGCAAGAAGCCUUGACCACGCCGAAAGGGAUGCCCUUCCAGCAAGAUGAUCCAUCCAGCACCUUGCCUUCUCCUGGGUUGACCAUGCCGUCGAACCCAAGCUCUCGGCGAGAAUCUACCACGGACGAUCUGUCUAAUAACUUUGGCAAUUUUGCUUUAGCAGGCAGUUCGCCUGGCAUGGUGUCGCAUCACCGACGUCCUUCUGAGCCUAUCCGAUCACCCCAGCACGGAUCAUUAGAUAUUGCGGCCCGGCGGAAACGACCACGCCCGGCUGCGCUGACCGCGACUUCGCUUAGAAGCCGAUCAUAUGGUGCCUUGAACGCAGUCUCACCUAGUUUCCGGCCCGGGGCGAACAAUAGUAGCCCAUCUGCUCCUCAUACUGUUCGUCAUGUCAAGUCAGCCGGUCAUAGUCUGAACACACGAUAUGCGGGUGUUCGCAAAUCGAGCUCGGCUCAGCGAUCGCCAAUGUGCGUAGCCAGCUUCGCGGAAGCCGAAGCUUUCAAUCAGUUAAUGGCGCAACAAGCGCUUAAUGCUCAAACUCUGGCAGAGUUGCCAGCUCCAUCACUGUCGCCCGACAUCAUCACCAACAAUCCCAUGAACGACCCGCAGAAGAACCCUUUUCUCGCCAGGAACAUCGACCCUUACCGCAUGCAAGCACCCCAGAACCUCAGCCUCAGGACGGCGUCGCCUCCGCGCACGCCGCUGGGGGGAGAGUCGAUGCUGCGAGGACUUUCGCAACAGUCCCUCUGUCCACCAGCUUCAGCCCCGGCACAUUACACUUCUUUUCCUGACUAUACACCGCCCUACUCGGCCGGCCCACUUACCAACAACAGUUGGUCGGAUGCUCCAUUGACUUCGCCUGAGAUGCCGUCGUUCCCACCCGUGACAUAUGUACCGUCCCUCGGAUACCCAGGACAGGGGCACGGUGAUGGUGUCAAUGGUCAAUUCGCUGGGAUUGUUCUCGCCUCAGACCAGCCGCCCGACUUUGCAUAUAAUUCUCAAAUGGACCACAAGCAAACGGAGUUUUACAUCCAAGAAUUUCCCAACCAGAAAGAAGAACACGCUAAUAUUGCUCAACAACUGUCUCAAGCGAAACCUCGAAACUACGUGUUUGCAAACACUGCGCCGCAAGACUAUGCAGGGCCUUAACGACUGAACUCACUGCGAAGAUAUACCCUUGUUUCGUCGCAUUCUGUUUGGUCGGUGUACCAGUACGAUUUUUCUGUUUCUUAUUUGUGAGCGUUCAGGCCCCCUUGGUGGGGUCAAGUGCCUUUUCGGUUUGGAAGCUGCCCUAGACAGAGGGUAUGGAUGAAGAGACGGCAUACAGGACGCGAGACGGCUGGGCCCUGGGCGUUUUAGCAAGAGCGGGCGAACUGGGCCUUAGAUGACGGGCCGAAGCCGGCCGUCUCGGCGAUGAUGGAAUGUGUGGAAUGUGCACCAGAUGGAAGGAGCAUGUAAUACGAGGCGCCUACAGUACGGGCAUGGACUAAGAGGACAGCCUCCCUGGCAGCAGAGGUCGGAUCAUUUUGAUAUUAUUAUUAAUCAUUCCAGCUUGGACUCGCAUGCAGUGCGGGUAGAUAGCGGUUACUAGUCUACUCUACUCGCGACCUGGAAGCAGAGCAGCAGCAGUGCGAGAAUAAGAUGGGGUCAUCUGCUUUGUUGCUGAUGCUCCGCUGUGUAUCGGCAGAUCUUCCAAAUGUUUGUAGUAAUAUCAUCGGUCUGAGGGCUCUAGGACUGCAUAUCGUCAUGAUGCGGCACCUCAUAUAAUUUCUUUUACCUGGCGCAA